CGCGUAAACUGAGCGACUUUGUCCUCCCUUUCUUUCCUUUCCUUCCAAGUGAUCCUCGUCAUCAUCAUCACCACGCUCGGCGCACACCAGCAGCCAUGACGCAACCCAUCGGGCACGGCGGCGGCCGGUCCGUCGCUCGAGUCUACGCAAACGCCAACGAGCGCUUCGGCCGCUCAUGGUGGGACUACGACAAUUUGACGGUGCAGUGGGGAACACAAGACAAUUACGAGAUCCUACGCAAGGUCGGGCGAGGAAAGUACUCCGAAGUAUUCGAGGGAGUCAACGUAGCCGCCCUUGGUCAGCCUUCCACCUCAGCCAACCCAGCACCCGCACCAGCACCCCUUCCAGCCUCAGCCCCAGCCCCCUCAUCUAGCGGCGAUGACCCGCACCCCACGCCUGGUCCCGGCCGCAUCACCCAGUCCGUUGGCGAAAAGUGCAUCAUCAAGGUCCUCAAACCGGUCAAGAAGAAGAAGAUCAAGCGCGAGAUCAAGAUUCUCCAAAACCUCGCGGGAGGACCCAACGUCGUCGGUCUCCUAGACGUGGUGCGAGACCCUCAAUCCAAGACUCCCUCCAUCAUAACCGAGUACGUAAACAACACAGACUUCAAAGUACUCUACGGUCGUUUCCAGGACAGCGAUGUGCGCUACUACAUCCACGAGCUUCUCAAAGCCUUGGACUUCUGCCACUCGCGCGGAAUCAUGCAUCGCGACGUCAAACCGCACAAUGUAAUGAUCGACCACGAGAAGCGCACUCUCCGCCUCAUCGACUGGGGUCUCGCAGAGUUCUACCACCCACACACAGAGUACAACGUUCGAGUCGCCUCACGUUACUUCAAGGGUCCCGAACUCCUAGUCGAUUUCCAGGAAUACGACUAUUCCCUCGAUCUCUGGUCCCUAGGCUGUAUGUUCGCCAGCAUGAUCUUCAGAAAAGAACCCUUCUUCCACGGUCACGACAACUACGAUCAGUUGGUGAAAAUCUGCAAAGUAUUGGGGACAGAUGAGCUUUACCUCUACCUGGAGAAAUACGAUAUAGAGCUCGACCCUCAGUACGACGAUAUAUUGGGGAGAUACCCGAAGAAGGCUUGGGGCAGGUUCGUUAAUGCGGAUAAUGCGAGGUUUGUCAGUGCGGAGAGUGUGGAUUUUUUGGAUAGGUUGUUGAAGUAUGAUCAUCAGGCUAGAUUGACGGCGAGGGAGGCUAUGGAGCAUCCUUACUUUGCGCCGGUUAGGGAGGCAGAGGCUGCUGCGGCGGCGGCGGCGGGGGCAAAGACGAGUUAGGUGGGUGGCGGAGCGAGGGGAGAGCGAAGCAGGGGGAAAGGGGGGGAGGGAGAGGAGGAGCGUCGUGCAGAGUCGACCAAGUUACGAGCAGUAGGACAGCGCACCCGGCUAGACCUCGACGCGCAUCACGACGAUCGAUUCACGUACAUGGCGAGGCUAGAUGCGACGAAUGACUACGAGGGGCUCGCGAUCCAUCCGUCUCCUUCCAUCCUCUCGCCUUCUAAUCAUCAAAUGCGAUUCGCGAUCCACGCAUUCGAGCACGCAGGCACGCGCGCAAGCAGAUGGGGCACAUUCUCGUCUCUUCUCAUUGGAUGUGGGUAUCAUUCGCCUCCUCUCGCAGCGUCUCAUCGUCUCCCCAAAGCCCAAGCAACCGUACUCCUACUGCGCUGCUGCUGACCCAACCAACUUCGAGCCCCAGCCCCUCCCUGCGGCCCAGUGGCAGCAGUAGCCCCCCUCCCUCCCGCCGACGCGCCCGUACUGCUCAUCCGCAUAGCCA